CAGGUGCAGGAGAGACGGUACAAGCACACAAUCUUCAUCAUGUUGGGGAAGGAGUGUUGGGUGGUGGAUCUCUGUAUUGGAGUAGGCGCAUUUUUCAUUAUCAAAUGGAUUCUCAAGUUUUUGUGCAGCGUGUUGACGGUGGUUCGAGUGACCUUCGUCUCUUUCAUCUGGCCGAGGAACUUGGUGAAAGAAUAUGGAGGGAAGUGGGCAGUUGUGACGGGAAGCACUGACGGUAUUGGCAAGGAGUAUGGAAGGCAACUGGCACAGAAAGGGAUGAACAUUGUGCUGAUCUCAAGAAAUCUGGAAAAACUCAAGAAGACGGAGGAGGAAAUCAGGCAGGAGUGUGGAGUGGACGUUCACGUCAUCCAGGCAGACUUUAGUCAUGGCCGUGAAAUUUAUGAAAGGAUCGCUGAGGGACUGAAGGAUAAGGAUAUUGGUGUCCUCGUAAACAACGUGGGGUACUUUGAUGUUCCCGGGAGGUUCAUGAAUGUAUCAGAGGAAGAGAUCUGGAGGUACGUGAAUGUCAACAUGGCGUCGGUGUUGGCCAUGACUCGUCUGGUGUUACCUCAGAUGCUGGCCAGGAACCGCGGUGCUAUCAUCAAUAUCAGUUCCAUGUUUGGGUUGUGUCCCAUACCGUUUGUUAGUACGUACGCCGCUACCAAGGCCUUUGUUAGCAGUUUCUCGCAUGCCCUGGAGUAUGAGUAUCGCCAAAGCGGCAUCACGGUGCAGACUGUACACCCAAGUUUCAUAAAAACAAAUAUGCUGUCUUCCUUCCCCCACGUGCAUAAUAGAGGUUUCAUCGCUCCCAAACCUGCUGAUUGGGUGUCCAGUUGCCUGAGUACCCUUGGCUAUUACAGAACCACUGGGGGAACCUGGGGCCACGCAGUUGUGAUUUUCAUUUUAACGACGUGCAACAGACGCCUGGUGAUGUAUGGCUUCUCGAGGCUGGGCGAGUUUCUUAAGGCGAAUCUUAGGAAGACUUCAUAAUCAUCAGGUCCUUACUACAUAAGGACAUUACUCCCUUAUUUGUGAGUGUGUCCUCCUGAGAAAAUGGGAACUCUCUGAUAGAUGUCUGUGCAUUUACUUAGUUUGUGUUGCUGAUGCUUACUUACUGACAUAUAAAUCUUGAAGGGAAUUAUGUAGCUCUAAUUGGUUGGUGUGAUUCUUGUAGUAGUAUAUAUUGGUGGUGGUAAAUGUGUUUGUUACUAUGAUAUUCUAACAGAUAAAGCCUAAGUGAACUUAUGUUGUCUAUUCUGGAGUUGUGAUGUUUUGUAGUACGCAGGUGUUGAUCUUAUGGUGGAUUGGUGGUUGCACUAGUUACGUCUCCAUGAAUAAGUUAACGAUGAUUCUUUUAAACUGAAAGGAUGAGAUAAAACUUCUCUAGGAAUAAAGGAAGAGUUCAUAGAUAUAAAAUCCCUAAUUGUAUUAACCUCUUCAGUACCAAGACACCAAUUUACUCUUACUCUGAAUAUUACUAAAGGAUUAUGCCAAGUUAACUUCAUACUGGAAAGGUUACUUAUCUGCCACACUUAUACCUUUAUUUAUUCUGACUAACAGCUGGUGACAGGAAGAAGUUCAGAAAUUGUCAGCAAGAGUGAAUGGAUUAAGAAGCUGGCAGAGGUCUCAUACAUAGGAUCAUAUUCUAAAACAUUUGUACCCGCACCACAGCUACUUUCAAAAGGCUCUAAUUGAAGUUACACGGGUUUAUAAAGAUGUUUUUACGGUAGCAGUGACAGAUUACCAAUAUUUCUGCAUUGAUAACAGGUAAGAUAGUCUUCAGAACCCGGCUAAUCACCUCUGUGGCCUUUGAAAAUAGUCGUAGUGAAAGGGCGAAGCGUUCAUAAUGCAGGCUAUGGUGAGAAUGAUUGAAAGGGAUAAAAACACGCUGGAAGACCUGAGAUACCCAGCGAAGGAGUGGGUGCUGAGGCCAGAGAUCCUGAUAGUAAUAGUUUAGCAUGGAUCCUGCAUCAUCACUGGAGAAAAAAAAAAAGGCACCCAGGAAAACCCAACUAAUCUUUGUGGUAUUUGAAAAGUCCCGAUGAGGAAAUAAAGCGUUUAAGUAUAAGGUGACAGUACAAUGGGAGAGCUGAAGGGAGAGAUGAAUGGAAUACUGAUCUGAAUGUCUCCCCAUACUAUUGCAGCAAAGACCAGCAAACUUCAUAAGGGAAAGACUUAUCAUGUCCUUCAGAAAACGUGAAAGUUAGUGUUCUUAUUGUAUAUCAGUUAGUUGUACUUCGUGUCUUCAUUGACUUCUCCUCCUCCUCUUCCUCCCCUUAACACAUAAACUGCCCUCACCUGAAAAAAAAAAAAACCUGAACAGCAUCACCUUUAAGAAAACACGGUACAAAACAGUGAAAAUUCCUCCCAUGCGGAAUUACAUAUCAGUCCAACCUCAUCUCUUUAGCACCACCAAACUCAGGCGAUCUCACUAGUCCUGAACAUCCCAGCGUGCACAUAAUGGCUCGUAAUCCUUCUCAACGCCAAUCAAGACACCUAUCAAACCACGCCCCGAAGGAGGUGUCCUCGCUGGCCAUCACGGCGGCGCGCAGCUCUCCACUCGUGACGUACUCGGCCCGUCGAGGCGCUAUCAAACUGCCAUCAUUGGUCGAUUACGUGGCAUCAAACUCCGCCUCUCGUGAUGGCCCCGCCCCACCCCACCGAUGCCAUCCCGGCCCCGCGCACCUAUUGGCCACCCACCAGCCUCCCACCGCAUUGAUCUCACGCUGGUAAUUAUCACCGGCAUAAAGCGAGGGAUUUCCGUGAGGCGAACCACCUCUGCGUAACAUAAUGGACGAAAUAAAGUGGUCAGUGUCUAUAUUAUACGCGUGAUUGGCUGGAAAUCCUCGUGUUGGAAGUGUGUGAUGUGAAAGUUAUUUCGGCGUGUCGACUUGGUGGCUUCUGGCAUCGCAGCCACCUCGGGACGGUACCCUACACGUCCCGCAGUUGUUAUCCGGGGUUGGACAGAGGCAGUGCGAGUGGGUGACUUGUUCACGUAACUUUUACAGUGGUUCCCUAAAAAUCCGGCAAGAUUCGCGUCAAAAACAGAGAGCCCGUCCCUGUGUACCAUAUGGAGCACCAGGAGAUGGAGGAGGACGGGCGCCUGGUGAGUAAGGCUUGACUUCACGCGCCGGGCGGUGGGGGAAACAGGUCGGGCGUGAUGCAAAGAUCGUGGGCGGCAGGCGGAGGGUGUGUAGGUAUAAUGAUCCUUGUGAGUGAGGGACGACGCUCGGUACUAAAGAAAAGCAGUCCUCCAUUGUUGUGUUAGAAUCGAGAACAUGUGUGUGUGUGUGUGUGUGUGUGUGUGUGUGUGUGGGUGAAGGUGCUUAUUCUCCAUCACUAUAGCAGUGAGUGUUUAUAUAAUUGCACUGACUUGUUAAUCUUAUUGUUAUCCGGUUAAAGUCUUUCAAUCGAGUAUGUCGAGGCUUUCAGCGACUGCCAUAGGAAUAAACAAUGGUGCUUCUUUUGUCAUGCUCCGAGUGAAGUCUGAGAUGUUUCUAUCAUCUGAAUUUUGUGAUGGUCGAAUUUUUAAUAUAUUUGAUACUAUCUUAAAAGACAUCUUACCAAACUGACAUCUUCACGUGAUGACUUACAACUGUGAAUACUGCACUGUUACGCUGAUCAGUUUGAAAUAUUUCUGUUAGUUGCAUUCUGUAUUAGUUUAAUUUCUGUUGCAUUUAAUAGUGCUUUAACAAACACCUUACUGAACUGACACCUUAUAUGAUGGUUUGCAGUUGUAAAUACUGCAUUGUUACACUGGGAAAAAUAUUUGUGUUCAGUAUUGGAGAACUGUUUGUAAAUUUCCUUCGCUGCUCAGAUUUAUGACAGUAUUAUGUUGAUUCUUGAUUUAUUUUACGACAGCUUCAUUUUAUUGUGCUGCAACACUACGAUCACAGGGCGCCGUGAUUGAUUCCUGAGGUAUUCUAAGACACUGUAGCGGCAUAACAUUAUUUCCUCCCUCAUCACAAAAUUAAUGCCAUUUCACUACAUAACGAAGUCCCUCAUGCAGUAAAAUAACGGUGACUGUGUGUGUGUGUGUGUGUGUGUGUGUGUGUGUGUGUGUGUGUGUGUGUGUGUGUGUGUGUGUGUGCGAUCGGUAGGAUGGCGGUGGCGGUGAUAAGUGAAAAAGAAAUGAAAAAAAGUGCAAAUAUUUGAUCAAGUACAAUUAAUCUGUAUAUUUUUUCUCAUGUACUAGUUUUCAUUUUUCAUCCACCAAUAACAGAAUCAUGCAACUUUCCUUUCAUAGCAAUUUUAAAAACACAUUAUUAUUUUCUCACUGCAUAACACUGAGGGCACAAACUAACAUUGAGAAGCAGGUGUGUGUGUGUGUGUGUGUGUAGCCGAACCACUGCCCGGUAAAAACAGUGAAGUAGGGAUGUCAGUGUCUGUCUCCCGCGAGGAUCAAGUUACUGAAGACUGCGAGAAGGUGAGAGGGAGAGGGAGAUUGGAACCUUCCGACACCUUCCCCUUGAGACGAGGAAGGUAGCUGUGGCUGGCACUCUUCUUCUUUCUCCUCUUAUUCUUCUUGACGGGAUAGAAGAAGCGCGUGAAGGAGAGGCAAUAUAUAGAGGAUAGAUGUCAAAAAAGAUGCUGGGGAGUUGUAGGUUUGGAGUGGGUCGAUGGUCGCUUUAGUGUGAGUGGCUUUUGAGGUGAGGAUAAAGAGAUUAAAAGACCGGUAAUUAUUGAAGAUACAGAUGGAGGAAUCGAUGACAGACACGGAGAGACACAGCAAAGGGAAAGGCAUGCUGUGUACAUUUUAUACUAAAUAUGCUGUAUGGGAUUAGAGAAAUGAGUGGAUUGUGGUGGUGAGAAAGAUAAAAAAUAAAAUAAAAAUAUGAAGAUUUACUGUCGAAACGUUAGAGAAAUAAAGUUUUCCUGCUUCA